GGCAGCCAUUACUGCUCUUCUUGACGAGGUUGCUCCAAAUAAAAAUAGCAUAGAAAUUGACAAAAACAACUAGAAUUUAUUGAGUUAAAAAGCCAUACUUAAAGUUAAACUGAACCGCUAAUUAAGUGUGCAGUUCGGAGUGUGCUAGAAUAGUGUCUGCAGUUUUAAAAACAUAGAGAAAUUUGCAUUUGGAAAACAGAGUCUGUGUUUGGGAGAAGCCACCACAAAGAGAAAAAAAUAAAUACAUAGUAGUUUAGAGUGAUAAGUGUGUAUAUACAAACGGGAAGCAAUAUUUUGAAAAGUCCGAGUACUUUACAGUAGCCAGAGCAAGCAAAAAUGGAACGCAAUAAUGGACGAUACGCCUACAUACGUCGCCAAGGCAAUGGGAACGGCAACCACCAACAACAUUCUUCACACAAUCAUCAUCAUGCAGCCGGAAAUAAUGUGAACUCUUCGUCAUCGUCGAGCACGGCAGCAACAAACACAGCGCAUAAUUCGCAGUACUCGCCCACCACAUCCCACAACAGUAAUAAUAGUUUGUAUGCAGCGCAGUCGCAACAGCAGAGUGUGCCGUUAUCUCAUCCAUCACAGCACGAUGAGUUAAUACGAUAUAUAAGGGAGGCAUGGACUAAGGUUAAUGAGCAGGGCACACCAAUUAUAUAUUCUGAAUCUGAUAAUCAAUUGAAGAAUUUCAAACCAUUCAAUUUGGAGAAGUAUUGGGGACAACGUUUGGUGGAGAAUAUACACGUAAGCACACAGGCUGGUGGACAUCAGUAACCAUAUAAUUCCACACAACAACAAAAUAUAUAUACAUAUAUAUGUAUAAGAUGCACAGGCGCGUGUUUUUAAACCAAUUAAACUAUUAUUAGACAUUAAUUGCUAGGGCAAUUAUAUAUCAAGAUAUCACUGUUUGUAGACCGGGUGCUGUUUUCUAUUGUAUUGACGAAUUUCUUCUAUAUUGGAUUACCUUUCCCCCCUCUCCAGCUUAGUGAGGAAUAAUACAUAAAUAUCUGUUAUUGUAUUUUAAAAGAAAAGAAACAAAUCAAAUCGAAUAGAAACACUGCCAGCUGCGACGUAUUUUUGUAUUAAUAAUCGAUUUUAUGCGAGUUAUGGCAGCAAUUAAAGAUGCAAAUCACACCCAGCUUAACAAUUACAAUUUUGACACAAUAAGUUAUAUUCUUAUGCUAACUAUAAGAAAUUAAUUGGCAGACUUGAACAUUGUGAGUAAAAUGCAUUAGAGAAAGCCCCUAAUUCCAAUAAUUGGCACGCGCCAUAAAACAAACAAGCCGGUAAUUAGUUACAAUAUUUAUAUUUAUUGUAAUACAAGCAAACUAUUUUCUUGUAACACGAUACAUAAAGAAUAAUAAUCGUUUAAACUUAAUUCAAUAUCAA